AUGUCUCAACUUCCAGGUUUUGAAGAUCCAACCCAUCCUCAUCUCGUGUGUAAGCUGCUUAAAUCUUUAUAUGGUCUCAAACAGGCUCCUAGGGCCUGGAAUGAACGAUUUACUCAAUUUCUUCCUUCUUUGGGAUUUGAGAACACAUAUUCUGACUCAUCUUUGUUUGUUAAGCAUGUUGGUCAUGAAAUUGUGGUGUUGCUUCUUUAUGUGAAUGACAUCAUUAUAACUGGCAAUGCUUCUGGUGCAAUUACACAGAUUAUUAGUGCUCUCACCAUUGAGUUUGAUAUCAAGAACUUAGGCUUACUCCACUAUUUCUUAGGGAUUCAAAUCACUAAGACUACAAAUGGUUUGUUUCUGUCACAAACCAAAUAUGUUGAGGAUUUGUUGGUUAAAUCUGACAUGCUUGAAGCCAAACCGUGUGAUACACCAUGUCUUCCUUACAACAGGUUACUCAAGGAGGAUGGGGAACCUUAUUCCAAUCCUACGUUGUAUAGAAGUACUGUAGGGGCUCUACAAUACUUUACUUUUACACGGCCCGACAUUGCUUUUUCUAUGCACCAAGUUUGUCAGUUCAUGCAGAAUCCAAUGGUGUCCCAUUUUACUGCGGUUAAACGCAUAUUACGAUAUCUGAAGGGCACACUGCAAUUUGGUAUAUCAUAUACUAGAGGAGAUUUGCAGUUGAAGGCUUUUAGUGAUGCUGAUUGGGCAGGGGACCCUAAUGACAGGAGAUCUACUACUGGUUUGGUGGUCUUUUUGGGCAAUAAUCCGAUUUCCUGGUCUUCUAAGAAGCAACAAACUGUUUCUCGAUCCUCAACAGAAGCUGGAUACCGAGCUUUAUCGUUUACAUCCGCUGAGUUGGAUUGGAUCAUACAGUUAUUAACUUUUCUGCACAUUCCCUUACCUCGUGUGCCUGUACUCUUUUGUGACAAUCUGUCAGCCAUUGCCUUGUCUUUCAACCCUGUUCAGCAUCAAAAGACCAAGCACAUCGAAGUCGACGUGCAUUUUGUUCGAGAAAGGGUAUCACAGAAACAACUAUCUGUGCAGUUUGUGUAUUCUCAAGAGCAGUUUGCCGAUAUUCUCACCAAGGGCUUAAGUGGUCCUCUUUUCAGAACUCAUUGCAUCAAUCUCAUGCUUGGCUCAUCAAAGCAUGAUCUUGAUGGGGGAUAUAAGCUGUUUGAGCCUCCACUGCCGUUGGAUUUCAAACCACCUCCGGAGAAGAAAAAGUGCCCAUCUUUGACAGAGGCAAAUCAGAAAAGGAUAGUUGAAGCUGGUGGUCUUACUUCCUUGCUGAUGCUUCUUAGAAGCUUUGACGACGAAACUGUUUGA